UUUGUUUUGUCGUUUAAGGAAACUAAAAAGUUGUUCAAAAAAAAAAAGGAAACUAAAAGAAAAAUUUCCAUAAAGAAGGAAGAAAUACAGAGAGUUGGAGAAGCGAAGCAGAGAACGAGAAACCCUAAAAUUCUUGACAUCGUCACGGUUACAGAGAUAAAGUCAGAGAAAAAGCUCAAAGCCUACCUUCCAUCGUACGGGGAAACAGAGAUGGGCAAACCCUUGACUGUUGUCUACUUGGUUGCUCUACUUGUUCUUACUGUCUCCGCGGCGGCCGAGGAAGGAAACGACAGCGGUUGCUCCGCUGCUGCUGCUGUAAAUUCAGAAAAGGAUCUUAAGUAUAAGAUCGUGGCUAUCUUCUCUACUUUGAUUUUCGGAGUUUUUGGUGUUUGUUUGCCCAUCUUUGGCCUGGAUGGAGAUGGUUUUUUCUACGCAUGCGUUAGGCAAUUCGGUGCCUAUGUAAUGGGACUCGCCUCUGUCAUCUACAUUCUUCCUGAUGCUACAGCCAGCCUCACAAGUUCUUGCAUCGGAGAUUUCCCGAUGACGGGAGUUGUUGUAGCCAGGGCUGCUGCCAUCUUAACCAUGAUUGAAUCCAAGUCCUUCGCUUCAGCUUUUAUGAAUAUAUCUCACUCGGAAAAUCACAACGGUGAUGAUGAUCAUGUUGAUAAUAGUGCUUCACAAGGACACACUGUUUCCCGACAAGAUCACAAUAAGAUUAGACAGAAGCUCGUAACUCAGGUCUUGGAAUUAGGGUUUGUGGUUCACUCAGUGAUUAUUGGAAUAGUUUUAGGAGCAUCUCCAAAUCUUAGCACAAUUAAGCCUCUUAUACCUGCAAUUGCCUUCCAUCAGUUGUUCCAAGGAAUUAGUCUUGGAGGUUGCAUCUCCGAGGUAAUCUUACUUUGUUUUAAUCUCUCCAAUGUGAUAAUGAUGUUCUUAUACCUUUUUUUCUUUUGUUUGUGUGUGCAGGCAAAGUUUGAAUUGAAGAAAACUUUAACUAUGGUGAUAGUCUUUUCUCUCACAGCACCUGUAGGAAUCGGGAUUGGUAUUGGAAUCGCCGAGAUUUACUACAAGAAUGGCCAGACCACGAUGAUAGUGUCCGGUUUCUUACACGCUGCAGCCGCCGGAAUGUUGUUGUUCAUGGCUGGGGUUACUGGUUACAACCUCAAACCUCAUAGUACUCUUCACAUGUUAAAAGCUUUAGGUUUUGUCCUCCUCGUGUUGAUGUAGGGUGGGGGUUCAAAUUACCCAUUCGGGCUCUCUCCUCAUCCUUCCUCCACUCUAUCACUUAUGUCUCUUUCUCAACCAUGUAACCAAAGAAAAUAAGUUUUAUUCGACCAAUAUUACUUAAUUUCAAUAUAAAAUUGUAAAUUCUAAUCUCUUUUUAUGAAAAGUGAUUGAUUUUGUUCAACUCUUAGCUCCUUUGCUAGCUUCUGCAUCCUGUGUUAGUAUUAAUAACCCUACCAUUAAAGCACAGCUGUAUAACAAAUAUAUCAAAGGGGCAUCAAGUGAAAAUAGGUCAAGGAUUCCUUGUAAGCCGGCUUGGCUC